GCCUGACAAAAUAUUCAUCUGCAAAGUUGAUGUUGCGAUACUUACUGCUGAUUCAUAUUUUAAUAACAGGCGUUUGUACUGCAGGCAGUACGUAUACGUACAAGAGCCCCAUCAGCAGCUUCUUGUCGUCCAUAGCAUUAGGUUCAGGACUUGUUGCACAUGCAUUGAUACUAAAUAUAACACCACGUCUUUUUGCAAUCAACAUACGAGCAACAGUGGUCGGUUGUUGCUAUGCUACCGGCCAAAUAGGGUCUAUAAUCAGCUACCUACUAUUUCUGUUCCAUCCACUAAGUAACAUAGUUAUAAUGGUAAUAGAAUUCUGCGUUACGCUGAUCCUUAUUGGACUAUUAUUCAUAUUUCCCGACGUGGAUCAACGGGAACUACCAGAUGUUAUGAAGGAUAUGGAUUAUUUCUCCGAAUUAUCAAAACCACUGCGAUGGGUUUCUCAAAAGACCACUUCACCAUCGUUGGAGGAGGUGGAAAUGAGAGUGCAUUCUUUUGGGAGCACUGCUUAUCGUGCUUCUACGUCUAAUGCCUCUGAAGUAUUCGCUCCUGCACAGCGAAUAGGCUUCGUCAGACUAUGGAGAGUUUUCAUCAACUACUAA